CGAAUUUCUGCUUUCAGUUUAUUUAUUUUAAUCUGAAAUUUUUGGUGAAAAUUCUAACUCGGUCACGAGCGAGGAUUAAUAUAAAACUAACAUUCCAAGCUAUCAAAAAUCACCCAUCACUGUGCAGUGAUAUCAUGGAGGAAGCAAGUGGGACAACAAUGGCAAAUAAUAUCUGCAAUUACAAAUAGGAAAAACCCAUACCCAUUUCACUAUAAUUGAAUUAACAGAGGAAGCCAUAGCUGAAAGAGAAUUGAGCUUUUGCUGUUUAGCCCUUUUUUUUGAAAUUUUCAUGGCAACGACGUCGUUUCAUCAUCCACUUCUACCAAAUGUGCACAAUGAUGAUGAAUUGGCUAUUCAUAUUCCUAGUUCUGCACAUCAAAUUCAUGGUUUCAGGUAGGAGUUGUUUUGAGCACUGGUAUUAACAGUGCCUUUGCUCUCGGAUAUGCUGGCCUAAUUAUGGUUCCUCUAGGUUGGGUUGGUGGUGUGGUUGGUUUGAUUUUAUCAUCAGCUAUAUCACUCUAUGCUAGUACUCUUAUUGCUAAGCUCCAUGAAUAUGGAGGAAGGAGGCAUAUCAGAUAUAGAGACCUUGCGGGAUUCAUGUAUGGACAGACAGCCUAUUCACUUGUCUGGGCAUCCCAGUAUGCAAAUCUUUUCUUGAUAAAUACUGGAUAUGUCAUUUUGGGUGGACAAGCAUUAAAGGCUUUCUAUGUUCUCUUUAGGGAUGACCAUCAAAUGAAAUUGCCACACUUCAUUGCAGUGGCUGGGUUGGCGUGUGUCCUUUUUGCCAUUGCUAUACCCCAUUUGUCAGCUUUAAGGAUUUGGCUGGGGUUUUCAACAUUCUUCAGUCUAGUUUAUAUCUGUAUAGUGAUUGCUUUGUCUCUUAAAGACGGUCUUGAGGCACCUCCUAGAGACUAUAGCAUUCCAGGAACCAAAAACAGUAAGACUUGGGCAACAAUUGGUGCUGCUGCUAACCUUGUUUUUGCGUAUAACACAGGAAUGCUUCCCGAGAUACAGGCCACUGUGAGAGAACCAGUUGUCAAUAACAUGAUAAAAGCCCUUAACUUUCAGUUCACUUUAGGAGUUAUUCCAAUGCAUGCUGUUACGUACAUUGGAUAUUGGGCUUAUGGAUCAAGUGCAUCUUCCUAUUUGCUGAACAAUGUUAGUGGCCCAAUUUGGUUGAAGGGAAUGGCUAACAUUGCUGCUUUCUUGCAAUCUAUCAUCGCGUUGCAUAUAUUUGCGAGUCCGACAUACGAGUUCUUGGAUACCAAGUAUGGAGUUACAGGAAGUGCACUGGCUUGUAAAAACUUGGCCUUCAGAAUCAUUGUUAGAGGUGGUUAUAUAGCCAUUACAGCUUUCUUGUCUGCUCUUUUGCCUUUUUUGGGAGACUUCAUGAACCUUGCUGGGGCUAUCAGUACAUUUCCACUCACAUUUAUACUUCCAAAUCACAUGUACAUUGUUGCUAAGAGAAAAAAGUUGUCAUUUUUAAAGAAGAGUUGGCAUUGGCUCAAUAUUAUUUUCUUUAGUUGCAUAGCAGUUGCUGCAUUUGUAGCUGCAUUGAGAUUCAUCACAGUUGACUCCACAACAUACCAUGUAUUUGCUGACUUAUAAUUUUAUUUUUUUUCACUAUUUGAGUGAUAAUUUACCCAUCUUUUUUUUUUUGGGGGGGGGGGGUCAUUUAUAUGUAAAUGUUAAAUUAUUCAGUUUUAAUGAAGUGUAUUCUUGAUUAUUAUUUUUUUAAACUCUGAGAAAGGUGUACAAAUAUGUAUACAUUGAUAUGUGAAAUAGCAUUUGACUACUAUUGAGUAUUGUGA